CUGACAGACAGACAAUUCUGUUCCCUACCAAAAUGAAGCUGCUGCUGCUGUGCUUGGGACUGACCCUAGUCUGUGUCCAUGCAGAAGAAGCUAGUUCUAUGUCAAGGAACUUUAAUGUAGAAAAGAUUAGUGGGUAUUGGUUUUCUAUUGCCGCAGCCUCUGAUAAAAGAGAAACAAUAGAAGAAAAUGGCAGCAUGAGAGUUUUUGUGGAGAACAUCACUGUCUUGGAGAAUUCCUUAGUCUUUAAAUUCCAUUUUAUUGCGAAUGAAGAGUGCAUGAAAAUGACUUUGAUUGGUUACAAAACAGAAAAGCCUGGCACAUAUUAUGUGAACUAUGAUGGAUUCAAUACAUUUCCUAUAUGUAAGACAAACUAUGAAAAUUAUAUUAUGUUUCAUCUCAUUAACAAAAAGGAUGGGGAAACCUUCCAGGUGAUGGAGCUCUAUGGCCAAGAACCAGAUUUGAGUUCAGACAUCAAGUAA